AUGCUAGGGGUUAUUAGGGUAAGGGUACUAACAUCCGACGCAGCGCUCCACUGCUGGCCACCUCGCAGCUCACACUGCCUCAACCCUGUGCCUCUACCCUCUGUCAUCUUCUUCUUCUUCUUCUUCGUCGUUCUUACUCAGUGCCUCAACUCACUUCAUCAUUUGCGAUUCAGCUCCCUCCAUCAACAUUCACGUUCAACCCUCUCUUCCUCACGUUGCCGCCGCCGUCUUCCUUGCAGCUGCAGUUCAGUUGACUUUUGAGGUCAAAUGAUAAAGAGGAGAUUCUAUAAGGUUGAUCAUGGUGGCCGGGAUGCCUCAGAUGCAUCCUCUUCAUCCUCUGACUCUGAGAUAGAAGCUGAAGCAACUGAUGAAUCUGAAUCCGAGGAUGAUGAAAUGCUUGAACCUGAAGUAAAGCAGGAUAAUAAUGAUGAUGAUGCUGGCUCAGCAUCCUCUGGAUACAAAUGUGAGGAUAGUUUUGGAAAUGAUGCUGAUGCCAACUCGUCAGGUUUGUUUUUAAGUGAAGAUGAUGAUGGAACUUUAAAUGAGAGACCAAAGAGCAAGAAUAAAGAGUUGUCUAGACGUGAUCAUGAAGUAUUGGAGAAAAAGUCUAAGGUCUUGGUGGAUGAAAAUAAAUCAGUGCCAGUGGAUGCAUUGUCUUAUAUCUUAAAAUGCAAGUCAGUUUUUAAGUGCAGGAUAUGUCCUAGGAUUAUCUGUUUGAAUGAGGCAAUGUUGAGGGAUCACCUGCAGUCAAAGAGACAUGCUCACUCGGAAAAGCUACUUAAUGAAGGCAGACUAAAGGCCAUUCUCAACAGUGAUGGCGAAAUUGAGAACCUAGAUGUCUCAGAUGUCGAAGCCAACGAUACCGAGGAUGAUGAAGACAAGGAUCAUUACAAAAGACAGCAGCAGAAUAAGAAGAAAUUCAAGAAGAAAAGGGACCUUAAUGUAAACUCAAGAAAAAUGCAGUCACCGAAAGGUUCAGCCAAGAAAAAGGCAAAAAAUGAGAACUGAGUUGGUUUCUAUUCAAAAACUUGUGGAGCAAUCUUUAACUGGUAGUAUAUGCAAACCCGUGCCAAGUUCUGAGUUCUCAUAUGUAUGCUCCAUUUAUGGUGCCUUUCGAAACCUCGUUCCCUCCCCAUUGUUCAAUAUUUUGUGUUUUCCUACCACAGUUUUAGAUUGUUCAAUGUGGUGAUGCCCUUCGUACAAUUUCCCAGAGCAUUUCUUUUUAUUAAAAAGAAAAUGGAUUAUAGUAAUGUAUUGAUUAAUACUAAUUAAUGGAAAGAGUUAGCCUUGUAAAGAGUA